UUUAUUUUCGAGGAAAAAUGCAGAAAUUCUCGUGUUUUCCUUAAAGAAAAACCACUCGAACCCGGAAAACCUGUAAAAUGUAACAAAAUCUAUUAAAAUUCUUCAUUAUUUGUUACAUUCCUCACAAUUUAUCGGAAAUUCUUGCGAAAUCCUGUGAAAAACAAAAGGAACAAGAUGCCAAAUCGCAUGAAAAAAUCGCACAUCAAGUCGCUCAUCUACCAGGGCAACGAUCUGGUGCACUACUUCUUCUUCGCUUUGCUCCGCAUAGUGCUCGUUUUCAUUCCACAAUUCGGCUACAUUCAUCCCGACGAGUUUUUCCAAACAAUUGAAGUCAUGGCAGCUGACGAAUUCCAAAUUGAUGCCAUCCGUACGUGGGAAUAUAAUCGCACAUUUCCCAUCCGAUCGGCUGCCAUUCCCUUCAUUUACUUGCGAGUCCCGUUGAACAUUUAUAAUUUGCUCUCGCGAUAUCUCUACUACUACUUUAGUCUCGACAUGAAAUGCAGUUAUUGGCUUUUAGUGUUUCCGCGGAUGAUUAUGUGUGCAAUUUCCUUCGUUAAUGACUACUGUCUCUAUCGGAUCUGCCUCACGUAUGGUUUGGAGUAUCACACGAGUUUGCUGGCCCUCGGAAGUUCGUACGUGAUGUUAGUUUACGGGACACGGACUUUUUCCAACACCAUCGAAAUGGCACUUUGUUCAUUGUUGCUGUGGAUGGUGAGCGAAUGCAUAAUUCACUCGAAAACGGUGAUUUAUCAGAAGGAAUUUUUGGAUAAGAAAUACGAAACGGCCAAAAGUGUCGUGGAAAGAGUGAAAUUUUUCAAGAUGCGAAGUCGAUUGCCGGCACAUUCGUUCAACAAAUGCUUUUUUAUCGCGACAAUUUGCGUUUUGGGAGUUUUUAAUCGACCGACAUUUCUGGUUUUUGGCUUUCCAAUCGUUUUUCAGUGGUUGCAGCGUGGAAUGGGAACAAAAACCGUUACCUUUGUCGAUUUCAACUUCCGCAUCUUAUUUCUCAUCCUUGCAUCGUUACCUGCGCUGCUCUAUUGCAUCAUCACCGACUCCUUUUACUUCAAAUACUUGACAAUAUCGGAACUCGAGCACAGGGAUGUCGGCAUAAAUAAUUUCGUAGUGACCCCUUUGAACUUCUUGCGGUACAAUUUGAAUCCCGCAAAGACUGCUGAGCACGGCGAACACCCAAAAUGGGUUCAUGUCCUCGUAAAUCUUCCCUUGCUGUACAACGUCCUCGGAAUCACGACAGUUGUGAGUUUUUGCUACAUGAUUUACCGCUUCGGAAAUCAAGAAUAUCAAUUCCUGCCACGCGCCCAAAGUUUCGUCGGCCUCAUGAUUUGUUCCAUCGUGACACCCGUCCUUGCCUUGUCCUUCAUAAAUCACCAAGAAGCGAGAUUUCUCAUCCCGAUUACAUUACCGGUCGUGAUGCUGCAUGCGCCAAAGCUGCGUUAUGGCUUCACGAAUGAGAAUCCGUUCAAAGUCCGGUACUGGUUGUACGAUUAUUUCUACAAAUAUGUGCUCGCAGCGGACGUCAGUUCGAAAUAUCUGCUCAAAAUUUGGUACAUUUUGAAUUUGUGUUUGACAAUUUUCUUCGGAUUUUUGCAUCAAGGAGGCGUUUAUCCACUAGCCGAUCACUUUAGCAUGGCAAUGGUGACAAAAGCCAAAGAUACCCAUCUCCAUCUCAUCACGAGUCACAUUUAUGACAUCCCGAAUUACCUUUUAUACCUUCCUUCAACGACCCGAUUGCACGUAAAUCCGGAUACGGGACACAAAUACCGGAAAAGUCAGCAAUUUUUCUUGCACGAGCAUGGAAGUAUGGACUUGCGCGAGGUUUUUAACAAGAUAAAAUUGCUCGUGGACGUGAACGAGAUGAAAAAAGUCACGACCAACAAGAGUCACAAGUACAAAAUUUACUUUGCCAUUCCCACGAGCAAGCUUGAGGAGUGGAAUUAUGUCUUUUAUAACGGGAGCGCACCGCUGACACAACAAAAAAUAAAGAUUUUUUACCCGCACUUGUCGACAGAAGCCCUCCCGGACUUUUAUAGUCCGCAUCCGCAUGACAUUGGUGCAGAAGUGACGGAAAAACCUUUGGACCUGUACACCAUCGACGGAGCUCUGAAGCAAUUUUCGUCGAUUGUGCAUCAAUUUGGCUUGAUUUUGUACAAAAUAGAGGUGAAAUCGACGUCAAAACGGAAAAACUUGUAGCUUUACGGCACAUUCUAGUCAUGUAACUUAAAAUUUUAAAUAAUUUUUGAAGAAUAAAUUUAAGCUUUUUGAACGGAAACGAUUUUUGGAUGAUGCAAAGGUGAUGA